ACUGACCACCUCGCCUAGUCCUAGGUAUUCCAACGCUACCAAGUACCUCCGUCCACGGAUCCCGCUCCUGGCCUCAUCGUGUCAUUGAAUCAACAAUGCUACCUUCAACAGGCACACUUCAGGGGCCUUCCUCAAGCGCUACUUACCUCGCAGUAUUUCUCACGAGAUCGACAUCCCGAAACAGAAAGUUCGCAGGGAAGAGAACGAGAGAGAAAAAAAUGACAGAAACUUUUCAGAAAAAAAAAGUCAACACCCAUCGUCCAAAACAAUAUCGCCUUGUGGGACGGAAACAACGGCGUGCCCUGCAUGAGAUGACAUUUUUCAUGGACCCCUCCAGCAAGUGGGGGAAAUCCAAGCACCCACGGCACCAUGACAGCACCAGCACCGGCACGGCACUUUCGCAGUCUCUCGCUCCCAUUUGCGAGGGGAAUUCGCACCAUGGCUUGCGCCAUCAUGCACAUUUAUUGGCGCCGCUCAAGUGGUUUUUUUUUUUUUUUUGUCUCAGUCCGGACCUGCAGCAAUACGUACCUACAAUUGUCUCGACCGUCAUUCUACAGGACCUGUCAGUCAGGUCGCAGGCGUGGCAUUUCGGUCUGGACACGCCCGUUGCAAAGACUAGAGGGCGUUGGCGGCUUCUUCUGAGUCAACCACCGCCCUUCCACUGCCUAUCUCAAGUGACGAUCUCCAAGACUCGAAGUGCUUUCUCUCUCUACACGAGUCUACCUACCUCAACGGAUGGGUCUACGGAUACGGUGCACUGGACCGGCAGCCAAACAGAGCUGCUCUGCUUGAGCAUUCAUAAUCAUCACCUUAUCGUGGCGCAAGAUCCACGUCUCCGUCUUUUCGUCCCGAGUUUCCAGUGUCACUGUCCGCUAUGCCCGAUUCGGCGAUGCGCACCUUGGGUGCUUGGCAGACCGCGGCAAGCCAAAACGCAAUUCACGACAUCAACGCAUGGAGCUCGCUGUCAGUAUCGUCUUGGCUCUCAUCUUGUUUCUCCUGUUAGACUGUGCGGCUGGCCUCGUCGCCUCGAUCGAUUAAACACCUACAAGGGUUGUACGGCGCGCCCGAAGAACGACGAGCUGAGCUUCCAAAAACAAUGAUUCUGGAAAUGCCGUGCAAUGCGCCUGCGCCCGGCAGCUCAUUCAUCUGGUGAUGGAAACAGCGUGAGGCCAGCAACAUCCUCGUGCCAUCAAAAACGCCUCUAGUUUCGCCUCUACCGUCCGUAGUCACCUAUCACAGCUUGAAAUACGUCGGAUACAUACGAAUAUUCCACCUGGAAGACCCGAAGCAUACUUUUACCUAUCCGUACAUAUGAAAAGACGCUCAAGGUCAAGGUCGAGCCCGGUGGGCGCUGGCGAAUAAGUCGACGACGUCUACGGUCUUGGAUGUGAGACGGCUCCAAGCAGAACCUUAUCACUACGACGGCCGCUCUCUCGGUCUGCCGACCUCCAGGCACGCCAGGCUUGUCACC